UCCAAAAAUUCUAACAACAUAAUUCGAAAGAAAUUUUCAUUUUGGAGGAUCAUGAUGCAGAAUGGACGAUUCAUCUAAUUCCUCAGAUUCAUCUGGUUCUUCAAACUCCAUUUCAUCACCCUGUUCAUCUCCUUUAGCAUCGGAAUUAAGGUGGAAAAGGGGAAGAUCUCCCUCAAGCUCACAGACGUAUGAGAGCGAUGACAGUUACAUGUACACCACCCGAGUGAAAUGUGCCAGGUUUUGUAAAGACCGUGUUUCAGAAUGGGAUAUUUAUAAAUUAGAAUCUUUUGGAAUCAUUUAUGACGACAAAGCAACAGAAUUAGCCGAGUUAUAUGAAUCAGCCAUGAAAGACUUGUACUUUGUACUUGAUAUCGAAGAUUUUGCUGAGUUGUGGACUAAACUUCUUGAGAUUAAGGAAAUUCUGGUGGAAUCAACCAAAAAAUGCAUGCAGAACUUAGAUGUAGAUGAAGAAUUUUCUGAAAUUGAUUCAAUGAGUCCAUUUGCUGUUGUAAAAGAAACCGAAAAAUGUCUAAAAGCAAUUGCAAAAAUUAAAGAUGAAAUGUCGACAAAAGGAUCUACUUCAUCAUUCGAUAAUCUCUCCUGGCACCUUUUUAGCUUUUGGCAUACAGCUAUUUUGGAGUAUGUUGAGUAUUACUCUGACCUAAUUAGAGAAUGGAGUUCCCAUGGGAGACUUGGAGUGGAGGGGGAGUUCUGUCAGCUUCUGGUCUUCUUCAGCAGGAUAUUCCUAUUGAACUCAAUGAGAGGAGAUGCUUCGCCAGAAGUGAGAAUAACUCUUGAUGGAGUGGAUACAACCAGUGUACCAGAUCUAAGAUACAAGUUACAGGGAGAGUGUACACAUUUUAAAACUAAUCCAUCUCUGAUGACAGCCACAGUUGGAGAGGUGAAGAAGUGGACUCUUGCACAGGAUGAAAAGACUACCACAGGUUUCAAUAUCAGAAACAUGAAGUUUACAGGCCAGUCUGUAGAGAGCUUGUUAGGAAGGCACGGGGGAGAGCUUCUCUUGGAAUGGAAAAAGUCCGCUUUACAAGAUACAAAUUUAGGAAUCAUUUGUGUUAAGAACAUGAUCAUUUUCACAUGUUUGAAGUUGGACAGGGAGCAUCUAUCAAACUUAGCACAUGGUCAUCCCAUGGAAGAUGAGAAAAGUAGCAUCCACUACUCAAGGCCUUACAACUUCUUAGUCAGAAAAGAUCGAGAAGAAAUUAUGGAUACUAUGUUUCAUCUUGGAUUGCUCUGUAGAGUUAAAAAGUUUACCUUACUUCAGGAUUAGGCAUUUUUGCAUUUUUGUUUUGUUAAAAAGACCUUGAAUACAGAUCAAACAUUGUCAAUUAGUGCAAUAACAUGAUAAUCAAAGACUUGCUACAGAUAUUUCAAGAGGAAAAUUGACCAGGACAGAAAAAUAUAAAUGGUUGAGUUAAGACACCAUUGUCUUCAGACAGAAUGGAACUAAAUUCAAAAAAAAAAAAAAAUGAACGCAAAAUACACAUUUGUCUUGGGGUUUAAAGCGAUGAAACCUCUAGAUGUUCAGUGCAAGUCUAAUAUCUCAUAACCAUUGUAUCAUUUUGAUUGUUGAAAUGUUGAAAUUUAAUACAUGUACUGUAUUCUUUAUUUUUAAAAAUAAUGAAUAAAAAUGAGCAGAA